AAGCUCUCGUUAACAGUAGACACUUGAAAAAAUAAACCCCGAUCCAUCAAAUGUGUGGGUAGGAAUCAAUCCGACCUUGGUAGUAGUGACCACUCUUUUAGUUCUCAACAUGACAUCGUCAUUGCACCUAGCCCUGCUUAUCUGCGAUACUCCCACGACAAAAGUGGUUGAAAACUAUGGAGCCUACGAUAAACUUUUCAGAGUAGUGUUCGAUAAAGCUCGUCCUGCCGAUGUUGACAUUACUUGGUCGGAUUUCGACGUUGUCACUCGUCAGGAACAUCCCUCCAUUGGCGAUAUUCAGGCCAAGAAAUAUGAUGGAAUUGUUAUCACUGGCUCUGCAAGAGGAGCAUACGAAGAUGAGGAAUGGAUUCAUAAACUAAUAGAUUUUGUCAAGCAAGUCCGCGAGCAAGCACCGCAAACUCGUAUGGUUGGCAUUUGCUUUGGUCACCAGAUUAUUGCUAUCGCCAGUGGUGGAGCAUGCAAGCCUAACCCGAGUGGAUGGGAGUUUGGAUAUACUGAUACCGAGCUGACUCCACUUGGUCGUCGCUACUUCAAUACGUCAAAAAGUCAGAUGGCUAUACAAGAAGUUCACAAGGAUUACGUGCCUGAAUUACCUCCAAAUUUCAAAUGCUUGGCCACUACCGCGCCACAUACCCCAGUUCAAGCCAUGGUUUCAGAUGAUAAUAGAGUCAUCUCUGUUCAGGGCCAUCCAGAGUUUCCUGCCGAAGUCGUGGAAUUGCUUUUAGAGAAACGCUUAGAGGCUGGUAUCUUGAAGCAAGACUUUGUGCAAGAAUCGCUGAAGAAGCUUUAUACUAAGCCUAUUGAUGAUCUCUGGAUCGUCCAACACUUUAUCAGCUUUUUACUUGGUAAAGUGCCCGCUAUUCAAGAUGAAGAAGCCAGCAAUCCUGAUCCCAAGCAAACUCCGGCUGCAACAUUGAGCACCUCACAUAUCCGUUUAACAACUGCUGCUGGUGAAGUGGUAUAUGAUCCAUCUGCGGAACAAAUAUUUGAUUAUUUGAGUGAGCUCAAUAUGAGAUUUAGCUACCUCGUGGUUGAAAGAUUGGAUGAAGCGAACGACCAAUAUUACAUGCUAGUGAAUCUCAACGACGAUGACAGUUGUUUGUUGGAGUAUAAAUUUGGUAGCGCCGAUGCUCACUUUCAGACUACCAUCACCGGGCCAUUUGCUUUCUGUGGUCAUCAGAACGUUGCUAUGGUCGUCACCGCUUGGGCAACAGGGAAGGAUGAGCUUUGGAAGAAUACCAUACCGUGGAACAAAGUUGUGCUGGACUGACAAGCCAUGUACAAUUACGAUAAUAGUAGAUAACAAAAUAGUAUGUGAUGCAUGGUUCAUUACAGGGGCAAUAGUGGAAAGUCUUGCUAGCAUAGCAUGGGUAACUGCCACAAAACACAUCAUAAAAGCGAGUUUCAUAAUAUUACAAGAUUUUAUUCCAAACAAACGACAUUUCCUAUUUCCUUUCACCAAAGGCCUUCAAAUGACUAUUUAUGCGGCCCUUAAUUUCUGUUUUGAUGUCAUUCAAAUUCGAGGUGACGGGCACGCUUUCAAUGUUAUGUACUGUGAAAAGA